UGUGCGAUGUGGACCCCUACUGAUUCGCUUCUAUUGAUUCCGUUGUGUGCAUCAUUCUGCCGUCGUAGCUGUUUAUUUCUUUCUACGGUUAUUUAUCAAAUAAUCAAAUCGUCCUUUAAUAUUGUGCUUCGUCAAGAUAAUUACAAAAGAAAGUGAAAGGGAUUUAAAAUGACUCCGGAGGGCUAUACUCGUGUCUACGUUGGUGGACUCAAUGAGAGCAUCAAAAAAGAAGACCUACAAAUGGAAUUUGAGAAAUUCGGCAAGCUUAACAAGGUUUGGGUGGCCUUCAAUCCUCCAGGCUUUGCCUUCAUCGAGUUUCUCAAUAUGAAUGAAGCAGAAUUGGCAUGCAAUAGUAUGAAUGGCACAGAAAUAAUGGGUGUCAAGUUAAAAGUGGAAAUUUCACGUGGUAGAGGUCGUGGUGGAGGUAGGGGUGGAGUAGGAUUCAGAGGUAGUCGUGGUACUUCUGGUAGGGAUUUCGGUUCUCGGGGUGGUGCUAGUAUGGGUUAUAGAGGAGGCAAUACGUAUGCAGAUUAUGGGGGCAGCUAUUAUGCAGGCAGGGGUGGUGGAAGUAGAGGUAGAGGACGCUACGGAGAAGAUUAUAUGUCCAAUCGUACCAGUGGGUAUGUUACUCGAGACGGAUAUAUGCAAGAUGCCUAUGGUACUACUAGCGGAGACACCGGCAUGGAAUACUACACUGGCAAGGAUACUGGCACAUCGAGGUACAGAAGCCGCUCUCCGGCUGGCCGUGGCAGUCAUCGUCAUCUACGUGAAUGCACAUAAAAGAACUACGCUGCGUUGCCAAUCUGAACUGCGGGCCAAUCACCCACCCGCCUCGACGACUACAUUUCUAUCCAAUCUACGCAGCGACGUGUAUAUACACAAGAACGACCAUUGCAGUUUAUGCUGCAAUAAAUAUUUGCAUUAUAUGAUCUGAUGUGACAGACUGUGGUCGUUGCCACUUUUCUUAAUUAACAGUUCAUAAGAUUCUGUAAAAGUUCUAUGCUCGAUAUCAAAUGGGGAGAAAGAUAAGACUCUAUUUGUUGACAUUUAGAGCUUUAACUCGUAAGAGUUAUAACAUUAAUUGUGAAAACCAAUUUAUUUCUUGGGUAAAACACCCUAUUUCUUUAUAUUUUAUAAGAUACAUUUUUUACAUAAAUCAUGGGUCUUAGAUUAAAUUCGUUUAAUAGUUACAUCCAUGGUACUUAUGCAAGUUUAAAAACGUAUUUGCAUUUUUUCUACUUACCUGAAGGUAGCGAAGAAUGGAGAUAAUUUAAGCUUGAUAUAGUAAUCAUGAAGUUUGUAUAAUUAGAUACCGCGUCUCUGCGUGAAUACAGUCUUUCCAAACUCUCGUUUUCCAGUGUAUUGACGAUACUUCUGAGUACAAUCUUCGUAUAUCUAGUUAAAACCUUGCUUAUGAUCGUGCGUGUAGAAACGUUUUCAUAUAGGUCCAAAAGAGAGGAAACAAAAAGAAAAAGAAAGAACUAUGCGCAAUACAACCAAAUGCAAACUGCUGCUCGUAUAUGGCCUAUCGUGCUAACGCACUAACAAACAGUCUAGGCCCCAACAAAUUUUGAUACACAAAUAGUGUGUGCAAUCAAAAGUACGAGAUCGUGAGACGUUCUUGCAGGCUAUACUUUAUGCUUCUUUCUAGCAAUAUAUGUGCAUAAACAGUCCUGCAUUUGGAAGCAUCUAUGAGCGUCUCCUUCUAGAUUUUUUUAGACUUUGAAAGAUAAAAUGAUAAAAUUAUGGUAAUGUUUUACCUCGACUGUACAUGACUUGGAAUUGGAAACGUAUUAAAUGAUUUGCGCUCACUACUGCCCGCCACCCUGCCUGCCUGUCUGCCUGCCUGCCUGAUUACUCUCUCAGUGUCUAUAUCCAAUGAAAAUCUUCUCUCGUUGUUUUCCCUUUAGUUCCUUUUUAAGGAAAAUUUUAAAAGGAACUGAAUUUUCACUAAAUUCAGAUAUCGCAAGUGCCUUUGACUUAUAAAUAUGAGUAUAAAGCUAUCUCCAAGUUUGGUCAAUUACA